AUGGCCUCGACAUUAGGUCAAUUGAAGGGAUGGGAGGUUGUGAAGAGGGACGCAAAAGGCGAUGUGAUCACCGGAAGUUCGUCCGGAUCGCGAACGAGUAGGAGGAGAACGAAAAAUCAGGGAACUGAUCUCGAACAUGUUUCGUUGAGACGAAUUGCCGAUAAUCUCGUGUUUGGUCCCGGUGACUCAAUUAUGAUGAGAGACAAAGGAACAGAAACGUACUCUGUUCAUUUGAUUCACGAAAUUCGCGAGAACACGCUGAAUAGUGUUGUGGAGAUAUGGGCGUUUACAUACCUGAGAUGGUUUGAACUAGAUAAGGACGCGUACAUGAAAUCGUGUCUCUCGCAUCCUCAUGCGGAUGAGGAAUCAAAGCCAAGUUUUAGUGACAAUGCGCAUCUGGAGCAUGUGUGUGAGCAAAUGGAGAUAUUUUUGACGGCAGAGCUCUCAGAAUUGAAGAUCAAAAAUUUUAUGGACAUUGCAAUUAUUUCUGAUUCCGAAGAGUUUGGUCGUCGAGAUGUUCUAAAACCUAACCCCAACCAAUUUUUGGUACAGUGGGCCUGCGAACCGAAUGGGACUGCUUUUGUUUUGCUUGAUAUCCAUGCAUUCGAGAAAAAAGUGAAGAAUAUACCACCAAAGGCAUCUGAGAAAUGGUUGAAAGAUGCGACGGCGUCCGGCCUGCGCAAAACUUCUCGCAAAUCCUCUCUCAAGCCACCUAAGAUUCUACGCGAAGCUGAGAAAAGAAGUGCGCCGGCUAACGUGGAGCCCAAUGAAAUAUCACAUGUAGCUCUCGAUAUUCGAUCCCAAAGUCUGGAAAGGGACCAGAUAUCCAUGACGCCAAGAGAAACUGAGUUUUCCGAAUCUGCUGGAGAUAAUUCGUCUAGUGAAGAAAGUUCUGAGGACAACUCAGAAGAUUUUGAUUAUCAGGAAGGAGGCAGAUCCAACAGAAAAAGUCCCUUUCAAAACGGCAAUGAAUUGGGAAGAAGUGCAUCAAAAUAUGUGAUUUUGGGAAAAGAAGAAGAUGAAGACGAAGAACAACAUGAAGAAUUGGUUGAGGAUGAAUUUGAGGUAGACGAAGAAGAAGAGGAGAGCUUGGAUACGGGUGUCCAGUUAAAAAGCUCAAGAGGCAAAAGGGCUAAUGGAAGAAGAUCAAGCUCCGAACGCCCGACGAAAGUUAGAAGGGCGAAUAAUAUCCCAGAACCGUCAACCCCUAAAAAGCAAUCAAGCGCGGCCAUUACCACCGGAUCGUCUCUCGGAAACAUAAUCAAAAAGUACACGAAGAAGAAUGUUUUCCGUGCCAAGAAAGCGUACACACCAUUCUCAAAACGUUUUAAUAGUACUAAAGACAUACCCGAUUUGACGCAAUUGGCCGAGUUCAACCAACAUCAAAUGGAUUUGGAUCUUGCUGCUAUCGAAAAUAAUUUGAGAAGUCCAAAGAAGCAAAAGACAGUCGAGACCAUUUUUUCAAAAGUCAAGCAGCAGCUUUAUACUUCGCACGGCAAAGCUGAGAUUGUGAAAGCGACGAACUUUGAUGAGUAUUUACCAGCGCGUGAAAAUGAAUUUGCGUCCUUGUAUUUGAGUCUUUACAGUGCUAUGGAAGCCGGUACUGGUACAACGGUAUAUCUUGCGGGCACACCAGGUGUAGGAAAGACUCUGACGGUGAGAGAAGUAGUUAAAGAGUUGCUGCAGUCCGCUGAUCAGAAUGAAUUACCGAUAUUUCAGUAUGUUGAGAUAAACGGCUUAAAAAUGAUCAAACCAAGUGAUAGCUAUGAAGUUUUGUGGAACAAAAUUUCAGGAGAACGACUAACUUCAGGUGCUGCAAUGGAGUCAUUAGAAUUCUAUUUUAACAAGGUUCCUAAGGAAAAAAAACGUCCUGUUUUGGUGUUAUUAGACGAGCUUGAUGCCCUCGUUACAAAAAGUCAAGAUGUAAUGUACAACUUCUUUAAUUGGACGACGUACAAAAAUGCUAACCUGGUCAUUGUGGCUGUGGCGAACACCAUGGAUCUCCCAGAACGUCAGCUGGGUAAUAAAGUAUCAUCGAGAAUAGGUUUCACGAGAAUAAUGUUCACAGGCUAUAAUCACGAGGAGCUCAAAAGCAUCAUUAAUUUGAGAUUAAAAGGCGUCGAUGGCCGCUUCUUUUAUGUCGACAUCAAAAAUGGUAGUGCUCAAAUUGUAACAGAAGAAAAUGGCUUCCACUUUGACCCUAGAGAGAUGCAUAAAGUGCGCUUGAAGAUUUCUCCUGACGCUGUCGAGAUCGCUUCACGAAAGAUUGCCAGUAUUAGUGGAGAUGCUCGUAGGGCACUUAAGGCUUGUAAAAGGGCAGUGGAAAUUGCGGAACACGAGUAUAUGGAAAAGCAUGGGUUCGCAUAUGAUGGUGAAAGCACUGAAAGAGAAAAUAAUGCCGGUUCAGGAGAAGAGUUCCAAACGGUUGAAAUAGCUCAUAUCAUGAAAGCACUGAACGAAAGUGUCAAUUCUCCCGUAUUCACGUUUGUCGCAGGCUUGUCUUUUGCGGGAAAGCUUUUCUUAUACGCUUUAGUGAACUUAAUUAGAAAAUCUGGUUUCCAAGAACAAAAUCUGGGUGAUAUUGUCGACGAGAUCAAAUCGCUUAUUGAAGCCAAUGGUAAUAACAAGUUUGUGGUGGAAAUGCAUAGGGUUUUAUUUGCUAAAAAUACGGAAUUAACGUCGGAACAACUGAGAAUUGUGUCUUGGGAUUUUUUGAUAAAUCAGCUAGUCGAAGCCGGAAUUAUUCUAAGACAGAAUCUAAAAAACGAGAGAAUGUCCGCAGUCAAAUUUGAUGUUUCAGUUGAAGACGUGAAAAUGGCUAUUGAGCAAGAUGAAGUAAUGAAAACGCUAUAG